AUGGCGUGGUGGUUGUCAUUCUUUGCGGAAUACAACUUUACGGUCGAGUACAAACCAGGACGACUUAAUGUGGUCGCUGAUGCACUCUCACGUCGUCCCGACUUUGAAACAGUCGCGAAACCCAACAGUGAGACAGUCACUGUUGCGGUUAUGACGUCCUCAGUCCCAUCUUCAACGUUACAUGAUGAUGUGAGGCGGGCGUAUGCCCAAAAUGAUCGAUACACUACUCGCAACGGGUUACUGGAUUAUACAGACGUUUCUGGUGACACACCACGUGUUGUCAUUCCAGAUGAUACGGAUCUGCGUUUGCGGAUCAUGUUCGAGUAUCACGAUGCUCCUAUAGGAGGACAUCGUGGCCGAGAGAAAACAUAUCUCACGGUGAGUCGAGACUUUUACUGGCCCCGCCAGUAUCAGUUUGUGCGCAAGUAUGUUCGUGCAUGCGAAGUCUGUCAACGAGUGAAGUCAAGUCCUUCACUGCGUGCACCUUUACAGCCUCUACCGGUUCCGGCUGAGUGCUGGGAAUCCAUCUCAAUGGAUUUUGUCGUCGGUUACCCAAAGACGCACGCGGGAAUACGGGUAUUCUCGUAUUUGUUGACAGAUUCAGCAAAAUGGUACACCUUGUGGCUGUACCAGAGUCAAUCACGGCAAGUGGCUGUGCCCGUGUCUUUAUUGACACCAUCUUCCGACUUCAUGGGCUGCCCCGUGAACUCGUAUCAGACAGAGAUCCACGAUUCACUGCUGAUUUCUGGCGCUCCGUGCUCAAAUCACUUGGAACGCGCUUGA